CAACUUAUUGCGAACAUUAGUUGUUUUAUGCUGAAUGGGUAUGGACUAGGAUCACAUCGCAUAUAAAAUAAAUCGAGAUAUAUCGUUUUAUAUCAUUCAUUCUUCAACGUUCUCAUUAUUUUUAUUAUUUUCUUAUAUUAAAUCAAAAUGAUUUUUUAUAAGUGUAGCUUAAUAACAUUUACAAUUUUAACUGUUUCAAUUUGGGUCAUAACAGUUAAUUCAGUUCUAGAUCCUAAAGAUGAAAAAACUGGUGAUAAAGAUCCUGAUGUUGAAAAAUCUAGUGAUAAAGAUCCUGAUGUUGAAAAAUCUGGUGAUAAAGAUCCUGAUGUUGAAAAAUCUGGUGAUAAAGAUCCUGAUGUUGAAAAAUCUGGUUAUAAAGAUCCUGAUGUUGAAAAAUCUAGUGAUAAAGAUGUACUAUUGUUGCGAACUGGGUGUAAAGAUCUUCUAAUCAAUUUUACUGAUUUUCGGGAUGACAAACAAGAUAUCAACAGAGUUGUAGCCUUAAAAAAUGAUUCUAACGAAAAAGAAUAUUUAAAAUUUGUAUGGAGUAGGUCUUCAAUUAAAUGUCUGAUGAGUACCUAUGUUGAAUUUGAAAAAAAAUUUGAUGACGGUAAAAGUACAAAAAUUCAAAUAUGGAACGAUAUUAGUGCUGAACUUAACAAAUUUGGAUUUUCUGUAACAGGUGAAAUGUGUCAGCGCAAAUGGAGGACACAUACCACAACGUAUAAAAAUAUUAAAGAAAAAAACUCAAAAACUGGUCGUGGACGAGAUUCAUGGGAAUAUUUUGAUGAAAUGGAGUCUAUUUUUUCUAAGGAUCCUAGUUAUACUCCAUUAGCCACUAUAUCUUGUGGCUUUAAGUCCGUAGAACGCCACAUUGACUCUUCAUUGUAUGCAACAGCUACUGGAGCAAGCACAAACAUAAUGCCACCAAAAUCACCUGAUGAACCAUUAGCUAAAAAACAGAAAACAAAUAAAAAAAAAGUAGUUAGUGAUCACCUUGAAAAAAUAGCUAGUCACAUGGCUGACUUUAAUGACAUUUUCAGAAAUUUAGUUCAAUCUGAAUCUGAAAAAAAUGCACUGCUUAAACAAUUAUUAGAUAAGUAAUUUUAAAAUCACCAUUUAACUAUUAAUAU